AAAAACUACAAUCUAGAGACGCCGCCGAUAAUGAUGGCCACUCACUCUCUCAAUCUGCUUCCCAAAUCAUUUCUUCCACAGUUGCCAACCUUCACUUCACUCAGACCAAAGCUGAGGCAAAAUCUGAGCAUUCGAUCCGUGUUCACGGGAAUCGUGGAAGAAAUGGGGCAAGUAAAGGAUCUGGGAUUAGCUGAUCGCGGCGGUUUCGACCUUAAAAUCGGGGCGAGAGUGGUGGUGGAGGACGUGAAGCUAGGCGACAGCAUCGCCGUCAACGGUACUUGCCUAACUGUCACCCAUUUCGACACCGAGGAGUUCACCGUCGGGUUGGCGCCGGAGACGCUGCGGAAAACGUCGCUGGAGGAGCUGGAGAGAGGAUCCCUGGUGAAUCUGGAGCGCGCGCUGCAGCCGGUGAGCCGAAUGGGGGGACACGUUGUGCAGGGACACGUGGACGGUACGGGAGUGAUCGUUUCGAUGGAGGCUGAGGGAGAUUCGCUGUGGGUGAAGGUGAAAGCGGACAAGGCUUUGCUCAAAUACAUUGUCCCCAAGGGCUUUGUGGCGGUGGACGGGACGAGCCUGACGGUGGUCGAUGUGUCUGACCAGGACAGCUGCUUUAACUUCAUGCUCGUUGCUUAUACCCAGCAGAAUGUGGUGAUCCCCACCAAGAAAGUUGGGCAGAAAGUGAACUUGGAGGUUGAUAUCAUGGGCAAAUACGUUGAGAGACUUCUUCUCACCACUGCCACCUUCUCAAUGAACACCCCACAGGAAAACAAGAGCUGAAGCUCAUCUGGGAGAAAAAGGAAGCUCAUUUGGCAACUGUUGCUGUAUUUAAGAUUGAUCUUGACUUCUGUUUCUUUGUAAUAGCAGCGACACAAAACUUAGGUGCUUUGUGUAAUGAUGGUCGGUCUAUUCAUUUGUGUCAAUUAGAGAAUAAGCUUAUGAUUGUAUUACCUUUUUUGUUUCUACUCUUAGUUUCUUGAGUGUGUAUGUGUCGAUGAUAAUAAAAUGGAAGGAGAAGAAAGACAAUAUUAUAUAGUUAAAAAUAAGAAAGAGUUAAUACCAAAGAUCAUUUA